UUCACUUCUCUCCAUAUCAUUAUAUAUAUAUAUAUCGUCCCAACCAUAUCUACUAUCUAUCUUUACAAUAUAUCCACUCACCACCCUCUACCCUCUUCUUCCAGCCAUUUAACACCACCACAUAUCGGUGGUGUUUUAUUUAAUUUGUAGGUAUUAGCUAGUCAAAUGGACUCGUCUACCGGAUGGCUGAUUAUAUCUCUUAUUGUAGCAUAUGUUGUAUGGUUCAAGUCUAUAACACGUUCAUUAACCGGUCCACGUGUAUGGCCCGUCUUUGGGAGCUUACCGGGCUUGAUUCAGAACGCUAAUCGCAUGCACGAUUGGAUUGCCGACAAUCUUCGUACAUGUGGUGGCACCUAUCAAACUUGCAUUUCCCCUGUCCCCUUUUUGGCACGAAAACAAGGUCUCGUGACCGUCACGUGCGAUCCCAAAAACCUCGAGCACAUACUCAAGGCAAAGUUCGAUAAUUACCCCAAGGGCCCCACUUGGCAAGCUGUGUUUCAUGAUCUACUUGGUGAAGGCAUCUUUAACUCCGACGGUGACACGUGGUUGUUCCAGCGCAAGACUGCUGCGCUGGAAUUUACCACACGGACCCUCAGACAAGCCAUGGCUCGGUGGGUGAGUCGAGCCAUCAAGCUGAGGUUUGUCCCGAUUUUGAAAACGGCUCAGCUUGAAGGUAAGCCGGUUGAUCUACAAGACCUGUUGCUUCGGAUCACUUUUGACAACAUUUGUGGCUUGGCUUUUGGGAAAGACCCGCAAACGUUAUCCCCGGGUUUGCCCGAAAAUAGCUUUGCAACGGCUUUUGAUCGAGCCACCGAAGCCACGCUACAACGGUUUAUUUUACCCGAGAGUAUUUGGAAGCUGAAGAAAUGGCUUCGGCUUGGGAUGGAAGUCGAGCUGAGCCAAAGCUUGGGUCAUGUUGACAAGUAUUUGACAUCUGUGAUUAAUACACGUAAGCUUGAAUUGCUUAAUAAGGUAGAUGGUGGGACCCCUCAUGAUGACUUGUUAUCUAGGUUCAUGAAGAAAAAAGAGGCAUACUCGAAUACCUUCCUACAACACGUGGCACUGAAUUUCAUCUUAGCUGGACGUGACACAUCAUCGGUCGCGCUUAGCUGGUUUUUCUAUCUUGUGAUUAAAAAUCCGAGGGUGGAAAUGGAAAUUCUGACAGAACUUUAUACGGUUUUGUCAGAAUCACGUGGCGCUGACACGUGCAACUGGCUCGAAGACCCUUUGGUCUUCGAAGAAGUAGACAAGCUGACGUAUUUAAAAGCAGCAUUGUCAGAAACACUCAGAUUAUAUCCGUCGGUUCCAGAGGAUUCAAAACAUGUUGCCGAAGAUGACGUCCUACCAGAUGGGACAUUUGUCCCGGCCGGUUCUGCCAUCACUUAUUCAAUAUACUCGACCGGUCGGAUGAAGUUUAUAUGGGGAGAUGAUGUUCUCGAAUUUAGGCCUGAAAGGUGGUUAUCCGAGGACGGUAAAAAGUUUGAGGUCAAGGAUCAAUUCCGGUUCGUUUCCUUCAAUGCUGGUCCUAGAAUUUGUCUAGGAAAAGAUUUGGCAUAUUUGCAAAUGAAGUCAAUCGCUGCGGCGGUGUUACUCAGACACCGCCUCACGUUGGUGCCCGGACAUCGUGUCGAACAAAAGAUGUCACUAACAUUGUUCAUGAAAUAUGGUCUUAAGGUAGACCUUCACCCACGAGAGUUGCCACCCACUACUCAUAAUAUUGCCAAAUAUUGAUCGCAAGUACGUGACGUGGAGAAUGUGAAUUUGUGUGAAUAUAUAUCAAAGUGAUAUUAAAGUACGUACACUGAAAGAAAGUUUACUUCUGUGGGGUUGUCACACACGAUUCUAUGGCCACACCAUUAGAAGCAUCGAAAAUGAAGAGCUUUGACAGUGGUGACUGUACGUGAUCGUUACUAGAUUGUUAAAAAAAAUUGGCAAUUUAGAUUGUGACUAUACCAAGUGUUUCACAAGUUAUUAUAUAUCUUCCUUUUUUUUUCUCUCUUUUGAAUAAAUUAUCUACACUUGUAAUUUUUUUUUAUUUUUUUUCAUAUUUCAAUGGAGGGUGAUUGAUUUACACA